UGUCAUUUGUGUCAUUGCCUAGAAACUCUCGAACCGACUCUGGUUUAUCAUACAGGCAACAUGGGAAUCUCUUCGUCUCUUAAGAGAACGAAGGCCGGAGCAGUGGUCGUGUCAGUCUUCGACUGGUACCCCUCCCACUACCCCCUCGAGGAGCGCAAAUUGCUCAGGAAACUUGAUCUCGCCAUUCUUGUGUUUGGCUGUCUGAGCUUCUUCUGUCGUAUACGUGCCACCAACCUGUCCGGAUCCGAUGUUUCCUGACCUGUCAAAGUUUCUCGGCCAGCAAAAUGUGACAAAUGCCUUUGCUUCGGGUAUGAGAGAGGAUCUCCAGGCUUUUGGCAAUGAACGCAACUACUAUGAGGUGGCCUACAACACAGCCUACGUCCUUGGACAGAUUCCCAUGAUGACACUCCAGACAAAGGCGAAGAUUGCCCCUUAUCUGAUCCCUACUGUCCAAAUUGCCUGGGCCGUCGUGGCUUUUUGCCAGUCUACAGUGACCAAGAACUGGCACUUGUACCUUCUUCGGGUCAUCACGGGUCUUCUUGAAGCUGGUUUAUUUGGAGGCACACAUCUUAUCCUGGGCUCAUGGUUCAAAAACGAGGAACUCUUCAAGCGUGCUGGCGUCUGGUUCAUGGGCAACUCUGUAGGGUCCAUGUUCUCGGGAUAUCUGCAAGCCGCCAUCUAUCGCAGUCUCAACGGCGUGGGUGGCCGCGCUGGAUGGCGGUGGCUCUUCCUUGUGCAGGGCUGCAUCACCCUGCCCAUCACAAUCUUGGGGUUCGGCUUCUGGCCAGGGCUGCCCACGUCGCCUAAACGAUGGUAUCUCAAGGAGGAGGAUCACGCACUGGCCUUUCGGAGGAUUCCGACGGUCGAAAAGGAAGGCAUUACCUGGAAGACAUUCAAGUAUAGCUUGAAACGGCCCAUGUGGUGGAUCUGCGUACCUUGCUACGUGAUGCUUGUACAGGCCCAUUAUUGGACUGGCUACAUGGCCCUGUGGCUACGCGCCACCGAGAAGUACUCAUUCGAGCUGAUCAACAUCCUGCCGACUUUCAUCGACCUCCUUCGCGCCUUGUCAUCGUGGCUUGGGACCACGCUCGCGGGCUGUCUGAGUCUCCGGGGCCUCUGGACGUCUCAAUUAUUAUUGGUCCUUUUCGCCAUUAUCACGCUCGCCGUCUGGAAUGUUCCUGACGGCAUGAAGUUUCUCGCCUUCUAUCUCGGUGGUUUCUCGGGCAUGUCGUCUCUCAUUUUGUACUCGUGGGUGAGCUCCACCCUCAAGGAGAACUACGGUGAACGAGGUCUUAUCAUUUCUUCCAUGAUGACUUUUGGGUUCUGCACGCAGAUCUGGGUGCCUCUAUUUACAUUUCCGCAGAAGCAAGCGCCAAGAUUUCCAAACGGGUAUCCAGCUGCUGUGGUGUUUGAGUUCAGCAUGUGGUCUAUCCUCAUGUUUGGCACGUACUACAUGGAAAGGUGGAGGGCGCAGCGCUCCGAUGUGGAGAGGCUGAUUCCAUCCCAUGAGCAGGCUGAGGGGAGGAUUGGAGGCAGUGAUAGCGAAGGACAGGUCGCAGAGGGCAAGUCGGUCUUCAAGACGACUGUUGUCCGGGCCAUUUGAAUUCAGUUCAACCCUCGAGACCCUUGAGGCCGGGUCUGAGCACACACAAUAUGUAUACCCGAAGAUAAAACUUUGCUAGAUGACAGUAACACAUUUUUUCUUGUUAUUACAUCUAAUCCCCCGCAGCAUC